UGGAGGAAGAGAGUGAUGGAGAGAGACGAAAACGGAGAGUGAGAAAAAAAAGAUUCAAACAGAAAAUGAGACAGUCAGAUGGAAAACUGAAGUGGAGUGGCGUCGAAUGGAGAAAGACAGUUGGAGAGACAAUCAGACUAAAGAACAGAAUCAUAAUGGGAGCGCAUUAGAUAAUUGAAAAGAGAUGGGACCAGGCAAGGAAAGGGAAGAGAGAUGAGGGUGGUGAGCAAGAUGGACCAAGAAAGACAAGAGACCUGAAGACAGAGAGCCAGACAGGAGAGAAAUAGGGAAGCAGAGAAAACCUGAAAAAGCCUUAAGCCUAGGAAACACAGGCCCAGAGACCAAGAGAUGGUCCGAGACACAGUUACAGAGAAACUAGUAGAUCCAGGAAGUCUAAAAGGUAGUCUUAAGAGAAUGGAUUCCUUGAGAGUCAUGAGGAUGCUCUCAGUCUGGCCCACGUGCAAGGAUAGGCAGUCAGCAGUCUGGGAGGAAUGCUCUCCUCCAUCUAAUUGUCCCUGCCUUUUUCUGAGGAACACUGGCUCAGCGUCACGGCAGUCUUCCAAGGCCUUUUCCUUCCCUUGCAGAACAGGAAUUCCCUCUGCAGGUGCUGUGGCAUCACGCAGCCCAGGUGUUUACCAGGAAGUGAGGUGCACUCCCCAGACAUCCCCACACGUGGCUGCUGCUUCUGUGGGAAACAGCUCUGCCAGUUCACAAGUUCUUCAGCUGAAACCCUCCCCUGGCUCUAAUAACUCCCAGCGUUGGUCUUGGUCCCUCUGAGCCUACAGAGAUGGAACCUCUGGACUCUUCUGUGAUGGCCCUCAGAGACUGAAGGCAGAGUAGGUGAAAGCACUGCUAAUGAAACAAGGGCCCGAAAUCCCAGGAUGAACUUGUGUCCAUCCCAGAGCUCACCACAGGAGUCAUGAGGUGCCCUGCGUGUCACCAGCUUGACCCAGGCCGCAGGCCGUUUACUCUGCCAGCACCUGCCGUGAUCCUAUCCCACCCCUGAGGAGGAAAUUAGCUCCUUGAAGGGAAAGUGCUUCCUUAUUGCAGGCACUGGCCUCUCACCGCAGGAGGUGGGGAAUGGCUGAGAAUAUCUGGUCCAGGUGAUCAGAACUGAGGCCAGUUUUGUGACAACACUGGAAUUAGCCACAGCAUGCCGCCUCCCAGAACAAGGGAGGGCAGGGGUCCCCGAGACCGAUCCCCGGCUCCCCAUCAGGAAGAGGACCCAGAGAAAUGGGAUUGGAAUUGUCCAGAGACACGUCGCCUCUUCGAGGACGCCUUCUUCGGUGAUGAGGAUUAUAUCCGGCAGGGUUCUGAGGAGUGCCAGAAGUUCUGGACCUUCUUUGAACGCUUGCAGAGAUUCCAGAAUCUCAAGACCACCAGCAAGGAGGAGAAAGACUCUAGGCAUCCCAAGCACAGCAUCCCGGCACUGGCCGACCUACCUCGCGCUUACGACCCACGCUACCGCAUCAACCUCUCCGUCCUUGGCCCCGACACUCGGCGCUCUCGGGGGCUAGGCAGGCGCCUGGCCCCGGAGAGAGUGUCUGAGUUCCGCCAGGCCCUGCUGCACUACCUGGACUUUGGCCAGAAGCAGGCAUUUGGGCGGCUGGCCAAACUGCAGCGUGAGCGCGUGGCGCUGCCCAUCGCCCAGUACGGGGACCACAUCCUGCAGACGCUGAAGGAGCACCAGGUGGUGGUGGUGGCAGGUGACACGGGCUGCGGCAAGUCCACUCAGGUGCCCCAGUACCUGCUGGCCGCUGGCUUCAGUCACGUGGCAUGCACCCAGCCCCGGCGAAUCGCCUGCAUCUCACUGGCCAAGCGGGUUGGCUUUGAGAGCCUCACUCAGUAUGGCUCACAGGUCGGCUACCAGAUCCGUUUCGAGAGCACACGCUCGGCGGCCACCAAGAUCGUGUUCCUGACAGUGGGGCUGCUCCUGAGGCAAAUCCAGCGGGAGCCCAGCCUGCCGCAGUACCAGGUCCUGAUCGUGGAUGAAGUCCACGAGCGGCACCUCCACAACGACUUCCUCCUGGGUAUCCUCCGGCGCCUGCUGCCCCAGCGACCUGACCUCAAGGUCAUCCUCAUGUCCGCCACCAUCAACAUCUCGCUCUUUUCCAGCUACUUCGGCAAUGCCCCCGUGGUACAGGUGCCCGGGAGGCUCUUCCCCAUCACGGUCGUGUACCAGCCGCAGGAGGCCGAGCCAACAACAUCCAAGUCGGAGAAGCUGGACCCGCGGCCCUUCCUCAGGGUGCUGGAGGCCAUUGACAAUAAGUACCCACCCGAGGAGCGGGGUGACCUCUUGGUCUUCCUCAGUGGCAUGGCGGAGAUCAGCGCCGUGCUCGAGGCCGCCCAGACCUACGCCAGCCACACCCAGCGCUGGGCGGUGCUGCCGCUGCACAGUGCCCUCUCUGUGGCCGACCAGGACAAGGUGUUCGACAUGGCCCCACCUGGAGUCCGGAAGUGCAUCCUCUCCACCAACAUCGCUGAAACCUCAGUCACCAUUGAUGGGAUCCGCUUUGUCGUAGAUUCUGGGAAGGUGAAGGAGAUGAGCUAUGACCCGCAGGCCAAACUGCAGCGGCUGCAGGAGUUCUGGAUCAGUCAGGCCAGUGCUGAGCAGCGUAAGGGCCGGGCGGGCCGCACGGGCCCUGGUGUCUGCUUCCGCCUCUAUGCCGAAUCGGACUACGAUGCCUUCGCCCCCUACCCUGUCCCGGAGAUUUGGAGGGUCGCCCUGGAUGCAUUGGUGCUGCAGAUGAAGAGCAUGAGCGUGGGGGACCCCCGAACCUUUCCCUUCAUCGAGCCCCCCCCACCAACCAGCUUGGAAACGGCCAUCCUCUACCUCCGGGACCAGGGGGCCCUGGACAGCUCAGAGGCCCUCACCCCCAUCGGGUCCCUGCUGGCCCAGCUGCCUGUGGAUGUCGUGAUUGGGAAGAUGCUGAUCCUGGGCUCCAUGUUCCACCUGGCGGAGCCUGUGCUCACCAUCGCCGCCGCCCUCAGCGUCCAGUCGCCCUUCACCCGCGGCGCCCAGAGCAACCCUGAGUGUGUGGCGGCGCGGCGACCCCUGGAGAGUGACCAGGGCGACCCCUUCACGCUCUUCAACGUCUUCAACACCUGGGUGCAGGUGAAAUCUGAACGGAGCAGAAACUCUCGCAGGUGGUGCCGCCACCGGGGCAUAGAGGAGCAUCGGCUGUAUGAGAUGGCCAACCUGCGGCGCCAGUUCAAGGAGCUGUUGGAAGACCACGGGCUGCUGGCCAGGGCCCAGGCCUCGAAGCCGGGGGACAGCUACAGUCGGUUACGGCAGCGCCGGGAGCGCCAGGCGCUCUACCAGCUGAAGCGCCAGCAUGAGGAGGGCCAGGGGCGCAGGCGCAAGGUGCUGCGGCUCCCGGAGGACCAGGACGGCGGCUCCAGCGAUGAGGACCGGCGCGGCGCAGCCUCCCAGGGGGCCGGCGACAACGUGGACAUCCAGGAUGUGAAGUUUAAGCUCCGGCACAACCUGGAGCAGCUGCAGGCGGCCGCCAGCUCGGCCCAGGCUCUGACUCGGGACCAGAUGGCCCUGCUCAAGCUGGUGCUGGGCCGGGGCCUCUACCCCCAGCUUGCCAUCCCAGACCCGUUCAACAGCGGCCGCAAGGACUCGGACCAGAUCUUCCACACCGAGACCAAGCAGGGCGCCGUGCUGCACCCCACCUGCAUCUUCGCCAACAGCCCUGAGGUGCUGCACACACAGGAACAGGAGGCCAGGGGCGGCGAUGGGAGCCGAGGUACAGUGAGCCCAGAUGACAAGGACAAGAUGAGCAGCAAGCACCAGCUCCUCACCUUCGUGUCCCUGCUGGAGACCAACAAACCGUACCUGGUGAACUGCGUCCGCAUCCCCGCUCUGCAGUCCCUCCUGCUGUUCAGCCGGUCCCUGGACACCAAUGGUGACUGUUGCCGUCUGGUGGCCGAUGGCUGGCUGGAGCUCCAGCUUGCGGACAGUGAGAGUGCUGUCCGGCUCCUGGCGGCUUCCCUGCGGCUCCGGGCCCACUGGGAAAGCGUCCUGGACCGGCAGCUGGCCCACCAGGCCCGGUGGCGGCUGGAGGACAGAGAUGAGGAGGAGGAGGCCCCCGUGAACCGCAAGGAGGUGGCGGCCCUGAGCAGGGAGCUGCUGCAGUUCACGGCGUCCAAGGUUUCCUACAGCCUCCGGCGGCUCACAGGGCUGGAAAUCCAGAACCUCUAUGUGGGACCCCAGACCAUCACUGCUGCCCCCAGCCUCCCUGGCCUCUUUGGCUGCUCUACCCCGUCCCCCCAUCCCACCAAAGGGGGCUACGCAGUCACUGACUUCCUCACCUACAGCUGCCUCACAAGCGACGCGGACCUGUACAGCGACUGUCUCCGCACCUUCUGGACCUGCCCCCACUGCGACCUGCACAUGCCCUUCACGCCCUUGGAGCGCAUCGCCCACGAGAACACCUGCCCCAAGGCCCCACAGGACGGUCCCCCAGGGGCUGAGGAAGCUGCCCCCGAGCCCCUCCAGAAGGCAUCCGCCCUGCAGAGGCCCUACCACUGCGAGGCCUGCCAGAAGGACUUUCUGUUCACGCCCACGGAGGUGCUGCGGCACAGGAGGCAGCACGUGUGAGCCCAGCCAGUCCUGGGCCAGGGCCAGGGCUGGGGCCGGGGCUCCCGCCCAAGCCCCCGGCCUACGCGGGGAGGGAGCAUAAAUAUGUGAAUAAAGUCUCACUGAUGGAACUUC